GCGUGUCUGUUGGAACUGGGGGAGGGACUGACGACAUCAGGCAAAGGCUGAGCUUCUCGCUCCUCAGUUCCUGCUUUUUCUGCAAAUUCGAGAGGGAACGCCAUGGGCCUGGAGCUGUAUUUGGAUCUGCACUCGCAGCCCUGCAGAGCUGUCUACAUUUUCACCAAGAAGAAUAACAUUGCGUUUGAGUUUAAGCUGGUCAGUCUGUUAGCAGGUCAGCAGUUCAAUGAGGAGUUUGGCAAAGUGAAUCCCCUCAGAAUGGUGCCAGCUCUAAAGGAUGGAGACUUCACCACGGGAGAGAGUGUGGCGAUUCUGAAGUACCUGGCGUGUAAAUACAAGACCCCCGACCACUGGUACCCGGCUGACCUCCAGAGGCGCGCUCGUGUGGAUGAAUAUCUGGCCUGGCAGCACACGACCAUUCGAUAUCAUGGAUCCAGGCUUUUCAUGUUCAGGAGCCUGUUGCCAGUUUUAACUGGGCAGCCAAUGCCCAAGGACAGAAUGGACGAGGCAGUAGAGGAUCUGCAAACAUCCAUCCAGAUCCUUGAGGACAAGUUUCUGCAGGACAGACCGUACAUCGCAGGACAGGAAGUAUCCCUGGCCGACCUGGUCGCUCUCGUCGAGCUGAUGCAGCCCAUAGCAACUGGAUUUGACCCCCUGGAAGGUCGGCCUAAACUCAUCGAAUGGCGCGAGCGGGUCAAGUGUGCCGUGGGCAAGGAGCUAUUUGAUGAGGCCCACGCGGAGAUGAUGAAGGAUAAGGAAUUGUCAAAUUUUAUAGACCGGAAAUCUCCUGCGAUGCAACAGCUUGCAAAAAGCCUGCAGAAAAGAUUCAGAUGAAGGGAUGCGUGAGCAAGGCCUGGAGUUGCAGAUGUCUGUUAAUCUGUCCCUUAACAUGGUCAUCCCCACUUUUUCCUACAAUUAAAUAAACCACCCAAAACAA